AUGCACCCUUCCAGUAUUCUUUCUUUCUUUCAUUUUUUCUUUCUUUCUUUCUUUCUUUCUUUCUUUCUUUCUUUCUUUCUUUCUCCUUUCAUAUCUGUUAUAUGUACUGUUUACUUUUUUCUUUUCUUCUUUAUUUGUUCUGCGUUAUCAUUGCCAGUCAUUGUCUUUGUACUUUUAAAAUUAUUCAUUUAUUUAUUAGUCUCUUUCCUUUCUUAUUCUAUUCUCUUUUCUUUCCACUAUUAUCGUUCCCAUUCUCUUCUAACACAUUUUUUUUCCUUUCUUUCUUUUUUUUUUCCUUUCUUUCUUUUUUCUUUCCUUUCUUUCUUUUUUCUUUCCUUUCUUUCUUUUUUUUUCUUUUCUUUCUUUUUUCUUUCCUUUCGGAAUGUUUCGUUUUCUUUCUUUAAGCUUACUUUCUUUAGGAAUAUUUUUUAUUUCAGCCUCGUUCAUUGUUUAUUUUUUUCGAUUUUAGCUAUCGUUCUUCAUUCCUUCAUUUUCUCUUUUUCUAUUAUUUUAGUUCUGUUCUUUUCUUUUUUUUUAAUUUUCUAUUUUAACCCCUUUCCUACCUCCCAUCCUGUGAUUCUUCCUUCCUUCAUUCCUUUCUUCCUUCCUUGCGUUUUUCCUUUCUUCCUAAAGAAAUAUUUCUUUUUGUUUUCUUUAUGGUAG